AUGCAAAGAGAGAAAAGUAGGGGUGCCGAACGGUACCUUAGUUCAAAUUCCGAAAAUGAACGCGGACUGUGCUUCAGAACGUCUGAACACAAAUCGCCUUUCCUACCGUUUGUAGUGCCGGAAAUCGCCUGGUUGCCGUUAGCACUCGUCGAAAAUCGCCUGGAAUACCGGAAGCUCUCGUCGGAAAUCGCCUCAACAGAGCUCUCGCUUCUCAACAAGUCCAAAGUGAUUUCGCCCCCCGGAGUCACCUCUAUUUAUAGGGCGAGCACUCGAAACGGCACACCUCGAGAAGCCAAACGGCGCAUUAAUACGCCGCGCACCAUUAUUGCUUCCACCACGUGUCGCUCAUCCUAUGGGGGACUGACGGCACGCGGGGCGCGGAAGUCGAAGCGCUCAGACGUCUCUUCAUCCCGUCCGCUCGACGCGACUUUCUGA